AUGUCAGGUCAGGAGACCUCUCCACAGUCUCCCCCCGCAAACACACCCAAGCAUCGACGUCCCUGGAACUCAGCCGAGGAUGCGACUCUGAGGACGCUCGUAGGCCAUUUUGGUGCCAGUCGAGGCUCGGAGGGUAGGUGGAAGGACAUUGCAGCUGGGCUUGAGGGCCGUACGGCCAAGGAUUGUCGCAAAAGAUGGCUUCACUCUCUUGACCCAUCAUUGCGUAAAGGCCGAUGGACAUCUCAAGAGGAUGAGAUUCUCCUCUCAGCCUAUGCUCGACUUGGACCACUUUGGAAUGACAUUGCCUCUCUGAUUCCUGGAAGAAAAGACGAUCAAUGUUCUAAGAGAUACAAUGAUAUCCUCAAUCCAUCCGCCAAAAACCGCUUGAGCGAUUGGACCGCGGAAGAAGACAACCUUCUGCGCUCAGGUGUAGCAACACUUGGUCACCGUUGGGUGGCUAUCUCAUCAAGAAUACCUGGCCGUCCCCCUCUUACUUGCCGUAACCGCUGGCGUACUCUCUCGCGACAAUCGCACAAUCGGCAGAGCAAAUCCCAAGGCACCACACCUUCGUCAUCGUCCCAAGUGUCUCCCACAGAUAACGGCAUAUCGCCAGCGCCGCAAAACCCCAACCUUAGUAUAGAAACGGGAAGUGGGAUCGCUUCCGAUCAACUCAUGCCUUUUCCAACUAUGGAUGCCGAUAUGGGCCAUGACCAAAUGGGCCCUGCUUUCCUUGAUUCAGCUUUCUUUGAGACGUUUGCAGGCCCCUCGCCUUCGCCAUUCAGAGAUUCCGAAGCAAGUGACGACACAGAGACUCCAAAUGAUGCGGUAGAGCCUUCGCAUCCUGGGCCUGUUCCAGAUGUCACCUCGAAUAUUUCCCAUAUGUCUGACCAACUACCAAACGUCCCUAGACAGUGGCCACCACCACCUAGACCGCUGCAAGUACAGCCCGAAAACAUUACGAACGGGACCUUCAUACCUUCACCAUCAACCUGGCCAUCAAUCGGCGCAAUGUUACCACCAGGAACUCCACCUACGGACCAGAACCUCUGGUUAGGGGCGGCGGGUAAUUCUUCAGCCCCGAAGAAUUGGACUGUCCCAGCAGAUGAUUCCUUACCCCAAUCCUACACUGAGCAAUUUCAAAUACCGACUUCAACACCACAAGCCGUUCACCACCAUCAUCACCAUCAUGUACAUCACCACUUCCACCAUUACCAUCACUACACAGGCGCAGGAGAUCAAUGGAGACAAUUGGAACAACAAUCAGAGGCCGAGGCGAUGCAAGCACACCUCCAGAAUGAGAACGGUGCUUCGAAUCCCCCGGGAUGA